UACUCAGUAGCACAGUGUACAAUAGAAACGAAACCCAAACGGACCUUUGCACAGUUACAGAGAUCGAGCUUUCAGCUAAAGGUUACUCGCGUUCAUCCGGUCCAAAUAAGAGGCCAUUACAGGACGAGUUCAGGCAGGAAACGCACUCGGGAACAGAAUUAUAUCGCUAGUAGAGAGGCACGGAAAUGUUUAGUAAAUCUCUGGGAAGAGGUGGACUGCUCGUGUAUAAGCAAGAUAUUGUCACUGGACUGAAAUGUGUCACAGCAGCGUGUAUGAAUGUGAGACACAACAACUCCACUGUCCUGGGCACCAAACUGAGCAGGAUGGAAGACUUGGGCGGCCCCAGCUUUCUAACAUCCCUCUACUGGCUCUUUGGUAAAGGAUACUUUCAGAUUACACACCAAAUGCAGAUUGAGCACAGCAAAAUCUAUGGUCCUCUGUGGAAGUCCAAAUAUGGGCCAUUAGUGGUCGUAAAUGUGGCAAGAGCAGACCUCAUAGAGCAGGUCCUGAGACAAGAGGGUCGUCACCCCAUUCGAACUGACAUGCCCCACUGGAGAGGAUACCGGGAGCUCCGGAACCAGGCUUAUGGUCCUCUCACAGGAUUAGGGGCAGAAUGGCAACGCAUCAGAAGCAUCUUGAACCCUCGCAUGUUGAAGCCCAAACAUGUGUCUGGUUAUACUAACGCUAUCAAUGUGGUGGUAAAAGACUUCAUAGAGAAGGUGGCUUGGCUAAGGGCAGCAAAAGGCAAUGGUGAAAUUGUGCCUGACGUUGCUGGAGAACUCUACAAGUUUGCAUUUGAAGGUAUAUGCUCUGUGGUAUUUGAAACCCGACUGGGUUGUCUGGAUGAAGUGAUCCCUGAGGAAACUGAGAAGUUCAUCUUUUCUGUGGGAGAAAUGUUCCGCCUUUCCCCCAUCAUUGUCCUUUUCCCGAAGUCUGUGUGGCCCUACAUGCCCUUUUGGAAGCACUUUGUAGCCGUAUGGGAUCAUCUGUUCCAAGUUGCUGAAGAUUUAGUUCAGAAGAAAAUGGCAGAGAUUCAGGAAAAGCUGAAGCAGGGAUUGCCUGUAGAUGGUGAGUACCUCACUCAUCUGCUGAUCAGCGAGCAGAUGACCCCAACUGAGGUGCUGGGAAGCAUCACUGAACUGCUACUGGCUGGAGUCGACACUACAUCCAACACUAUUUCCUGGGCUCUCUACCAUUUGGCCCAAGAUCCAGAGGUCCAGCAGAAGCUCUAUGAUGAAGUAAUCAGUGUUUGCCCAGGUGACAAGAUGACUUCCAGUGAAGACAUUGUCAGAAUGCCUUGGCUGAAAGCUGUUGUUAGAGAGACACUUCGGUUAUAUCCUGUGGUGCCAGGGAAUGCUCGAAUCACUGCUGAAAAUGAAAUAGUGGUGGGCGGUUACCUCUUCCCUAAAAAUACUCUGUUCCACUUGUGCCACUAUGCUGUGUCCUACGAUGAGAAUAUAUUCCCAGAGCCCCACACAUUUUCACCAAAGCGCUGGUUGCGUGAAGAGAAGCAAUUAAGCCAGCACCCAUUUGGCUCUGUGCCUUUUGGAUUUGGUAUCCGUGCGUGCUUAGGAAGAAGAGUAGCUGAACUGGAAAUGUAUCUUAUUCUGUCUCAGUUAAUUAAACACUAUGAACUGAGACCAGAUCCCACAGGCAAGACUGUGAAACCUAUAACAAGAACUCUGCUGGUUCCGGCCACACCGAUUGACCUUCGGUUUAUCGACAGGCAGAAUGCAAAAUGAAUCUACAUAAAAAUAUUAACAAUCUAAUGUGUUUAAAAGCUGCUACACUGCUGUAUUGACCUUAUUGUGGCUUAUAAUGCCUGCCUUUUUCUGAGCAUCAAAUGCAGAAAUAAGAAAUUAAUUUUUAAUUCAUAGACCAAAGAGAGUAGAACUGUAUACUGCUUGUGUGUAAUGACAUGAAUGCAUGAAUUGUAUUAUUUAAACAGCAUAUGCAUUGAACUGGAGUUACUCUAAUAUAACAGUUGGUAGAACUAGUUCCAAAUCUUUUUUUAAUAACUGUGGGCUAAAUACAACUUCUCUCUAAAUUCAACCUUAUUGGAUACAUUGGUGCCACCAUAACAUAUAAUAUAGAAUACAUGUGAAAACACUAAAAGCAGGUAUUCGCACUUCUUUUAUCUAUAAACUGCUCAUUAUAGUAAAAUGCUUGAUGUUUUUAACAAAAACUUUGAAACUUUAUUUGAAUUGUCUAUGCACUUCUAGAUAUUUUGUGAAUUGUAUAAAACUUUAUUUUUAUUAUGAUCAAUAAUCAGUGUUUGUAUAACCUUUCAUAUAAAAUAUGCUAUGAUAUAUUCUAUAUUAGGGGGGCAUGGUGGCUUAGUGGUUAGCAUGUUCGCCUCACACCUCCAGGGUCGGGGUUCGAUUCCCGCCUCCACCUUGUGUGUGUGGAGUUUGCAUGUUCUCCCCGUGCCUCGGGGGUUUCCUCCGGGUACUCCGGUUUCCUCCCCCGGUCCAAAGACAUGCAUGGUAGGUUGAUUGGCAUCUGGAAAAUUGUCCCUAGUGUGUGAUUGCGUGAGUGAAUGAGAGUGUGUGUGUGCCCUGUGAUGGGUUGGCACUCCGUCCGAUGAUGCCUGAGAUAGGCACAGGCUCCCCGUGACCCGAGGUAGUUCGGAUAAGCGGUAGAAGAUGAAUGAAUGAAUGAAUGAAUAUUCUAUAUUAUUCGAUAUAUGAUACAUAUUAAAUCGCACAUUGAUCAUGAUAGGCAGAUUUAACAGUUUUGUAUAAGCAACACCAUGGAACAUUUGGGGUCUGGUGGCUGCAACAAAAAACAACAAGCACUGCUUGUUCUCCAUCUGUAGAAGAUUUGAUUUCGAUUAAUAAUAAUGUAACAGAUUCAAAUAUUUUGUAUGAUUUUGUGAUUGUAUACUUGGUUUGACAGGUAGCUUCAGAGGAAUUAUUGUCUGUUUGUUUAAGUGCAGAUAAAAGUGUUUUUCAUUGAUUAUAAUUUUGUUCAGUUUGUCUAGCUAGCUAAGGUAAUUUAUGCCUAGUGGUUAAGCAAUGUUUGUGUCUUGAACAGAUGUAAACAAGUAACGUGGAUAAGGUCCUAAACUGAUAACAGCAAUUGUACGAAUGGUUAAUAGCAAUGAAUAAACUGUCUUCCACUACAA